UUCCCAUAUGACCUGAACGCAGCACAAAACGACAGCAGUCAGAGGUGAAAAGUCUGGAUCAUGUUGUCAUUCCAGCGGAGGCAUACUUGAAUGACAAAAGGACCUUGAUCAACAAGGCGGUGAGCAGAGCACAUCGAAGUUCUGUGCACAAAGGGAAGACAUUGAUGUCGUUUUCAACCAGCCAGCUAGCAAAAGCUGAUAUUUGUUAGCUAGCUAACGGAGUACCCCCCCGUUAGCUAACCGCCACCAUCAUCGCUCCUAGCCAGCUGUGGAUCGCCCUGUCUUCCUACCAUGGGAAACGCAGCAACUGCCAAGAAAGGCAAUGAACAAGAAAGCGUGAAAGAGUUCUUAGCUAAAGCCAAAGAAGACUUCUUAAGAAAAUGGGAGUGUCCACCACAGUGCACAACAAGCCUGGAUGACUUUGAAAGGUUCAAGACCCUGGGGACUGGAUCAUUUGGACGAGUAAUGCUCGUGAAACAUAAAGCAACAAACCAGUUCUAUGCCAUGAAGAUCCUGGACAAACAAAAGGUGGUGAAAUUGAAGCAGAUAGAACACACGCUAAAUGAAAAAAAAAUAUUACAGGCCGUCUCCUUCCCCUUCCUCGUCAGACUGGUGUACGCUUUCAAGGACAACUCAAACCUCUACAUGGUAAUGGAAUAUGUUCCUGGUGGAGAGAUGUUCUCACACCUCAGACGCACUGGGAGGUUCAGUGAACACCAUGCUCGAUUUUAUGCAGCUCAGAUAGUGCUCACCUUUGAGUACCUUCACUCCUUAGACCUCAUCUACAGAGACCUGAAGCCUGAAAACCUGCUCAUAGACCAACAUGGGUAUAUCCAGGUCACAGACUUUGGCUUUGCCAAAAGAGUAAAGGGCAGGACCUGGACAUUGUGUGGAACUCCUGAGUAUCUGGCUCCAGAGAUCAUUCUCAGCAAGGGCUACAACAAAGCUGUGGACUGGUGGGCUCUUGGAGUUCUUAUCUAUGAGAUGGCUGCUGGUUACCCUCCUUUUUUUGCUGAUCAGCCUAUCCAGAUUUAUGAAAAAAUUGUUUCUGGCAAGGUUCGAUUUCCCUCUCACUUUAGCUCCGACCUCAAGGAUCUGCUGAGGAACCUGCUUCAGGUUGACCUGACAAAGAGAUUUGGGAACCUGAAGAAUGGUGUCAAUGACAUAAAGAAUCACAAGUGGUUCUCCGCAACAGACUGGAUUGCCAUCUAUGAGCGAAAGGUUGAAGCUCCCUUCUUGCCAAAGUGCAGAGGACCAGGAGACACAAGCAACUUUGAUGACUAUGAAGAGGAGGAGAUCCGUGUAUCGCAAACAGAAAAGUGUGCAAAAGAGUUUGCUGACUUCUAGUGAACGAGCAAGAGUCCCAAUCAGGGCUCUUGUAUUUUGGGAUAUUUGCACUCCGAUGAGGGUUAAGAUGGAACUGAGGCCAUCACGUGCUCAAACAAAUGCCUAGUUCCUUCAGUCCACACAGCCGAAUGAGCUCCUUUUUUUGCCAUGAUCCUGCGUGCUGUUAGCACUAAUCUAUACACAGGCACAUUAUGCAGACACCCCUCGUGCUGCAACACAGAGUACCAGACCACGUUCCUGUUGUGUUUCUUUUUUUUACCUUGUUUUCUAUGUUUGCCACUGUCAAGUCUCCUGUCGUCCCUUAUUUAAGUUCUUAUUUGAGAAGCAACUUGAAGACGAAUAUUAAUCUUACUUUGAAGCAGCUAGCUGGUGUUGCACAUGAUGUGAUUUUUAGGCUUUUGGAUAACUAAGGGACACUUUUGGGUGUUUUGGGCAGAGCGUUUAAAUUCCUGAUGUCUCAUUGGCUGUUAUGCGUUUUCUGUUACAUGACUUAGUUUCCUGUAGGAUUCAGUUUAGUAUUCCUUAAUCAGAAACACUGAAAGUUAACCUAAAGCUAAAGCCAGGAUUUGAAAAUAGACGGUGCCUCUCGCUGCUGCUCUCCAUCUCCGUCCAAAGCCCCUCCCAUCAGCCGAGCACAGGCUGCAAAUGCAAACUUUUGGCUUCACGCAACAUCCAAACCCAUCUCUACAAGGUGAAAGUUAGAUUUCUAACCCACGGCACCAGUUUGUCUUUAUUUCUGUGCUGAUGUUCUCCUUCCUUUUUAUACCACUUUACCUGGUGUAGUUUAAAAGACCUGUGAUAGGCCAGAGUCUCCCGUCAUGUGUCGCGUUUCGAGUGGGCUUUAGUGGAGAUGCAGCAAUAAAGCUCCCUCUAAGAUCAUUUGAAGCUAAAUAUGAUGAGAGGUUAAUAUAAAUGUUUUCAUUUCUUUUUUUUGUCCAAAAAAUGCCAAGAACAUGUCGCCUAGCCCAGCUUUAAAUAUUAAUCAUUAUUUAUCACUCUGUUGCCCUCGAGACCUGAAAUUGUGUAUUUGUGCAUAUAGAUGUAUGAUUUUAUUUCUUUAAAGACCCUGUUUCCUUAGGGCAUGACCACAAUUCAAUGAAGGGAAAGAAGCGGUGAUGGCUUCUUGAAGUUUUGGCACACUCAAAGAAGCGGAUCAAUAUUGACAAGUAUUAUUAUGAAGUCAGAAACUUGUCAGUGUUGUGCUAGCUGAUCAAUCUGUAGCAUCGUUUAUCCAUAUCUGGUCGCAGGAAAUUUCCUUUUUACCUCAGUCUUGGUGUGAUAUUAGCAUAAUGGAAUGAAGUAAUAUAUUUUUUCUGGUACAACUAUGUUAGAGAAGAAAGGGAACUGAGAAAAUUUGAGUAUAUCACUGUGCACAACACAACAUUUACAUGAUUUGUUUUAUACAUUAGUGCGUUUGUCAGUAAUUGAAAGGUCAGGUGGUUAUAUUUUCUUGAGGUUUUAUCAUGAAGGGGAAGCAGUGUUGGUCUCAUUUAGGUUGCUGUUUGGUUUUUUUUUUGUCUUUUAACUGCUGUGUUUUGAGCAGAACAAUCGCAAGAUGUUGUGUACCUGCCAUAUUUGUUUGUCCUUUUUUUUAUGCUUGUAUAGAUGUGUCACAACAACCUGAUAACACCCUAAAAAUGUUCCCACUUUUUCGUUUGUUUGUUACCUUUUAAAUUGUUUCAAAGCCUCAGGCAUUCAUAGAGUAAACAAGUAAAUUGGAUAUGGGUUAAGAAAGAAACACAACAUUCACAAACAGUGAAGAGAAAACUGAAAUAUCAUCACCUUAAAGUAUUAAUUAAACUCGGCCACGCUUGAUGCUUUUUUUCGCUCUUUUUUUUUUUACAUCAGUAACACAGCUGACAAAAAUAAUAGUUUUCAAAGGAAAUAAGCUCAUAAGACUCAAAAAUAUUUUUAUAUGAGUUACUCCUGUUAAUUUAUUGUUAAUUCAUAUUUUAUAUGGUUUUAUGAGCAACUUUCAUGACCCAUUAAUUCUCACUCUUUUCCUGCCGCUAAGUAAAAAACAAACAACUCUCCGGUUACAGGUUAACAUAUCUAAAGGACUUUUCUUUCAUCCAGACAUCAGAAACGUUCUUUUCUUUGUGAACAGAGGUUUGUCUCUGCUGUCCACACGAAUGUCAGAGUUUGAUCCUCACAGCUGUGUGAAAAUUGAGUUUUACAUUUCACACUGUCAGGAAUAGCAGUGCACUGUUGACAGUGUUUCACUUUAUGUCCCUUAAGUCUUGAGAAGCUUCGUCAUAAUUUGACAGGAUGCUCAAGUAUUUGUAUGUGAGGAAAAUGCAACUGAAUCAAGUUCAACAAUCAUAGAAACCAAAUGUGAAAAGAUUUGCAGACUGAAUGCUAUUUUGUAGCAUUUUAUACAUAAAUAUUGGCUACAUGUGAACUGAACCUUUUAUUUUAUUGUUUGAGCCCAGCAUGUGACAUUUUUUUAUUUACCCUUGUUUUCAUUUCCAAGACGGAACUGUUUCGUAUGCUAUUUUAUUUAUAUUUAGAGAUAAUGAAUAAACACUGAAAUGUUUAAUCGUCUAUAGUUCUCAUAUAAAAGACUCCAAAUGUUUUAUUUGCAAAUGUUAAAAACAGUGAAUAUACUGAAAAGUUUUAUCUGUGUAACUUUUUAUUUGCCCUGUUAAGACUUACGUUUAUGUACACUGACACCUCAAAUGCCUAUUUAAAAUUACAGCCUUUUGAUUUUAACUUAUUUGUUUUCAUUUCCUUUACUUUAAAAAAAUCUUUCUUUAGACAAUCCUUUAAAAACAGAUUUACCAAAAAAGAUUCAACAAUUUUUUUUCUCCCCACUUUGAAGUCUGGACAGGAUUUAAUGGUAAAAUCCAGAACAAACAUUCAAACAGGACUUUGAAAAGCAAAGUCCCAAACAGUGUGUGUGUGUGUGUGUGUGUGUGUGUGUGUGUAAAUCUUCCCAGAAACUGUGUAGGAAAUCCACAUCUCUCCAUAUCUGUAUCUCUGUAUCCUUUAUUUCCCAAUCUGUGUAAUCUUUGUCAGAUUUCAUGUAAAUGAUGGCACUUUUUCCCUGAACCACCUCACACUCCUGACUGCAGGAAAUCCGUUUAUGAGUUCUCUGUAGCUAGUCACAUGUGCCAGUAUGGGAUCAAUAAUCUGAAAUGUGUCUCUAUUUAGUUUGUGGAAUUUUUGCACAUCAUUUAGACGGCUGACACGUUUUUUUGUUUUUGUUUUUUGUUUUCCCACUCAUAUAUAUUUGUGUUUGCAAGGGGAGUAUACUUUGCUGUAGCAGAUUUUAUGUAACAAAGAAUAU